AUGGAUCCCAAGGCAUAUGGCCCAUUAGUCCCCGAUAUCGAAGAGCCUAGCAACAAGACCAGUGCUGCUAAAAUAGUGAAUGAGAUGAUAGUCACUACCGAAAAGGGUGGCGAGUCCCAAUCCCUAACGAAAGGCAAAAUAGACCCUAAAGAGAGCGCGCUUGUGCGCAAGCUUGACUAUUUUAUCAUGCCGAUUAUUUGCAUUAUGUAUUUCCUCAAUUAUGUCGAUCGUAACGUUAUCUCGCAAGCCCGGCUUAAUCAUUUCGAACAUGAUCUAGGCAUGUCGGGAAACGAAUUUAAUGUUGCGGUUAGCAUCCUCUUCGUCGGAUAUGUACUCAUGCAAGUACCAAGCAACGUGUUGAUCACACGUAUCAAACCGGGGAUUUAUAUGUCCGGGUGCAUGUUCCUUUGGGCUGUGGUAUCUGCGUGUACCGCUUCCGUUAAGGGGUAUGGGGGAUUGAUAGCUUGCAGGCUCUUCCUUGGGAUCGCAGAAGCUCCCUUCUACCCGGGCGCCACAUACAUUCUGGCCAUUUAUUAUACCCAUAGUGAGAUGGCCACGCGGGUUGGCCUCAUGUACUGUGGUCAGCUUCUGGCUACGGGAUUUACCGGUUUGAUUUCGGCCGGCGUUUUUGCUGGGAUGGAUGGUCUGCGAGGAUUGACAGGCUGGCAGUGGCUAUUCAUCAUCGAAGGCGCCCUCACAGCAUUCGUGGCGUUACUCGGCUUCUGGCUCCUACCAAACUUGCCCGAGGACACAUACUGGUUGAGUGCAGAAGAGUGUAAGUUAGUACGGGCACGCAUAGAGCGCGACAAGAUCAGUGACGCCCUCAGCGAGGUCAGUGCAUGGGAGGGCCUCAAGCAGGCUUUCAAAGACGAACGGACAUGGCUCUUCUGCUUUAUGCAGAUGUUCCAUUUGUCGGCUUGUUCAUUCAAUACGUUCUUCCCGACUGUUGCUAAAACACUUGGUUACAACACCACCGUCACUCUCCUAUUGACAUGUCCGCCGUUUGUACUCGCCGGACUUGGUAGUAUCGUAGUUGGUUGGAGUUCUGGUAAGUUGAACGAGAGAACAUGGCAUAUCACUGCGACGCUAGGUUCCGCAAUCAUCGGGUUCGUAAUAGCUGCUAGCACUCUCAACACAGCAGCGCGUUACGUCGCUUGUUUUAUUUUCCCGGUCGGCGCAUUUUCCGCCAACUCGGUAAUCGUCGGCUGGGCAUCGUCGACUCUAAGCCAAAAUAUAGAAAAGAGAGCCGUGGUGCUCGCGAUAACCAAUGUCUUUGGCCACAUUGGUUUUAUAUAUGGCGCAUAUCUAUGGCCGGAUAGCGAUGGACCACGAUAUGGCAUUGGUUUCGGCGCAUCUGCUGGCUUUGCACUGCUUUCCAUCUGCUGUGCUUGGAUUAUGCGAACGUUGUUGAUUCGGGAGAACCAGAAAAUCAGGGAGUCGACUUUGGAGCCAGUCAACUUGUACAGCUACUAA